UUGUAGCCCUUAAGUCAUCAUUCAAGUUUUACAUAUUCUAGACAUUUUUCUCCGUCUCUUGCGGUUUAAAAGUUAUACGCGAAAAACAGAAGAGACCUCUUGAAUUUUAGAUCGAAAAUUAUACCUUUAACCACUUGCGGUGAAAAGACGUGCUACCCACGUCAACAUGCUUUUGUUACCGGAACGCCAGCGACGUGUUACGCACGUCGUUGAGCGAUUGUUGCAGAAAGAUAAAAGACGUGCGUGGCACGUCCACUGUUCAAUAAAAUUCUUUACCGAGGCACAGUUUCUGCUUGCUCUUCAUCGUGUAAAGUUAUCAGUAUUGACCCCAGACUAUAAAAUGGAAAGUGAUAGCGAAGCCAGUGAUAUUAUUUCUAUAAAUAAACGGAGAAGACAAGACAAUGUAGAGUCUGACAGUGAUUUAGAACAAAUUGUUUUUCCAAGUCGGAAUCGGCGUAGAAUUCUAUCGGACGACGAGGAAGAUGUUCAGAAUGAGAAUAGAGAAAGGAAUGUUUCAUCCCAGGAAUGGAUUUGGAAAGACGCGGAAAAUAUAACGCAAUAUUGAUACAGAUGUAAUUUUAUCCUUCUGCCUCUCUAUAUUCUCUUCGUGAACCCUCCCGCUGAACGCUGCCUGAAUGCGCCGCGAAGUGAUUCCCGCUCGAUUGUUUUGCUACGCGCAACCGAGAAUCUCUUUGCACCGCAAGUGGUUAAAGGGUGAAAGGGUACGAAUAUGCAUACUUUUAUUCAUACCUCGAGUCACCCUACAUACCCAUAAAAGUUCAUCCAAAUCGAGGAGUUCAGGCUCGCGUUGUUUCCCUGUAAAUGUGAAUCUUAUGAGUC